UUGAAAUCUGAUGUAUUACUUCUAGCAGAUGUAUUUGAAAACUUUAGAAAAACUUGUCUCAAACAUUACAACCUAGAUCCAGCACAUUAUUACACAUCCCCAGGUUUAGCUUGGGAUGCAUGUCUAAAAGAAACAGGUCAGCAAUUACAGUUACUUCAUGAUUAUGAUAUGUUAAUGAUGUUUGAGCGUGGUAUUCGUGGAGGAAUAACACAUAUAUCAAAAAGAUAUGCGGAAGCGAAUAACAAAUAUAUGAAAGAUUACAAUCCUGAUAAGGAGUCUAGUUAUAUACAAUAUCUCGACGCAAACAAUCUUUACGGU